CAAUCAUUGAUUCCGACGAGUCAACAGUUAUCAUGGGUGCCCAGGAAGAGGACACCAAAUCUAAUAAAUCGAGUGCCAUAGGCGGUGUCAUACCGAUGGCAAAGGUUGCUACAUUGGUCGAGAAGGCUAAAUUUUACACGUCUCUCUGUUUGGGCACCACCGCUAUUCUCGCGGUCUUUGCUUUUCUAUUCUUGAUACCGUUCGUCGUCGAGCCAGCGAUCUCGACGAUUCUUGCGGAUUUUUCACCACACGCGGUCGCCUGCAUCACUACGGAACACGUUUAUGCGGAAGGCUUGAAGAAUUGUUCAUGGGCGAGUUGUAGAGAAGGUUGCACGAGUGCAGCAUUACGAUGCCAUCAGAUCAAAGUGAAUUACACGAGGUUACCUUUCAACCAAUUUAUAAAAAAACCAAUUGGUUCCGUACCGUGGGACGUGGGCGAUACGAAAUUUUUUGUUAACACGGAAGGUUGCGGCUAUCCACCGAGAGUUAAUUGUUCCGAUUUUGCAAAAAAAUAUGGUUAUCGUAACAUAGGAAAAAUAUUUCCAUGUUAUUACAGUAGAACGCAUCCAGAAACGGUAGUGGCAAGGUAUUCUUGGGAUGAAAAUUUGAAACAUCUCGUACUGGCGUUGGUCGUACCAAUUGUCUUAUUCGCUGUCUCCCUUGGUGUAUUGUGCUAUUGGUAUUGUCCACCCGUUAGGAAGACCUGUGGAGGACCUGGUCGAAAUCUCAUUGAAAAGUACGACCGAAAGGAAGAGUAAGUAACGUCAUUCUCGGAGAGGACGAGUUCGAAGAGGACGAAGAGGAGUACUGACUGCUACCACGGGCUCACCCCCCGGCACGGGAGUGACGCCAAACAUAUUAUUGAAGCGACUCCAACGUACUUUAUGUUUGAAAAUUUAAGCGAAAUAUUUCGGAUACUCGUCGAUUAAAACGUUCGAUAUCCAAAUAAUGAUUUUGAAGAAAAAAAAAGAAAAGAAAAAACGAUCAGAGAGACAUCAUCGCAUUCGGUCGUUGCUUCCCAUUCAUCGCCAAUUUCGAUAUAUUCGACUUUCGCGUCUUUUUCAACUACUAUUCCGCUUUAUUACGAUUAAUAUAGUAAGCAUGUAUGAAAGUUUAGCGAUAAUACGAAUUUUUUCUGUUUCUCUUUUUCUUCCUCUCUUUCUCUCUCUCUCUCUCUCUCUCUCUCUCUCUGUCUUUCUCUCUUUCUCCUCUAUCUCUUUCUUUCUUUCAUUUUUUCUAAUUGUCAUUUUAAACGAAGCUUCGAAUAAAACAGUUACUACGUAACGAUAUUAAAUGAAAGUUUAAACGUUUUUCAGAGAGAAAAACAAAGAAAAAGAAAAAAAGAUAAUUUUAUUCCUUCUAGGCCUCGUACCAUCAAUCCUAUUUGCACAUAGACAAAGGAUAGUACGAUAAUACUUUGCACCCUUUCUUCUUUAAAUUUCCGCGUAUUCUUCGCAAUAUUUGAAUCAUAAUAAAAGAGAGAAGAAAGAAGUACGAACAGAACUUUUCGUGUCGCAAUUUUACGAAGGCAAUAAUUCGACUCCGAUCUCUAACAACGGAGACGUUAACGGAGUAUGAAUAUUAAAUUUUACGAGGUAAAGUAAGUCGAGAGUCGAGUUUGAAGAACGCCUAGAUCGUCUACCAGUAUUCUAAAACACGAUUCGAAAGUGUUCGUCGUGAUCAAGCCGCGCCUUCCCACGUAUACACACGUGAUAUGUUUAUCAUAAAGAGUAAUAAAAAGAAUAAAAAUAAAUAAAUAAAUAAAUAAGAUGAUAUCGAAAAGAAUGGUAUAAAAGAGUAAGCUUUCCGAAAAAAGAAAAAAAAUGUAAAGAUAUAAAGAGGCGAAGUUACCAAAGCGGUACGCUUUUAAGCAGCAUACAUUUUUACUAGAAUAAGCAGUUUGUGAUACAAAAAAAAAAAGAAAAAAAGAUAGAAAAAGCAACAAAAAAAUAAAAAUAAGAAAUACGGAGUAAAAGAAUCAGAAAAGAGCAAAUCGUAUCUUAAGUAACGUUUAAGCUGCCCCUUUCGAUGUUAAGUCGUUUCUAAAGACAAAGGGACAGGGAAAUCGAUGCCGCAAGUGCCAGAGCUUUCUUUUACUUGAUUCUCUCGGAAAGCUUUUUUUCAUGCGAGAUCGUAUUUCCCAGGAAUAGUUUCGAUUCGUUUAAUUCGUCGUAUGUAAUAAAUUACACAAAAAAUGUGUGUGUAUGUGUGUGUGUAUGUAUGUGUAUCAUAUUCGUCUCGUGUGGUCGUUCGACGAUAGUUCAAAUUAUUGAAAUUAAAUAAAUCACGGAAAAAGAUAUAAAUGUUAUGGAGAAAUAUUUAACAAGAUUAUCGAUGAAAGAAAAUUUUAAAAGAUUCUAUAUAUAUAUAUAUAUAUGUAUAUAUAUAUGUAUAAAUAUAUGAUUGUUGAAAUUUAGAUUAUCAUCGAUCGUAUUCCGAUAUAAACAAAAAUAACAAUUAAAAAGAAGAAAGAAGGAUAGCAGGCGAACGACGACACGUUCGAUUCUAGGACUUCUUAUCGCACCAAAAAAUUUUAGACUAAGUCUAACUCGUUAAGCGAAAUCUGUGAAUAUUAUCUUAUUAAUUAGUUGUUAAACGAUCGAUCAUAAGUAUUGUUACAAAUUUUAUAUUCUGGCGCGCAUGCUCACGCAGUGCUAGUCGUUAAGGGGUGAAUAGGAAAAUAAAUACAUUUAAGCACACGUGUGUACGUGUACGGGUGCAUGUGUAUGUGUGUUUCUGUCUGUAUGAGCAAACGAAUAUGAAUUGUUAAGUUAAACGUUUUUGAUGGGUGGUCGAGCGAUUUGCAUUUCUGUAAACUACGAAACGAGUUUGACGCGAGUUUUUAUAUUAUUCUAGCAAUAAUUUUCGCGAUUAAUGAAAAAUUGAAUUAUUCGUUUUUAUUGUGAAGAAGAAAGAAAAAAAAGAAAAGCAAAAGAAUCUCGUAAAUCAUAGUCAUUAUUAACGAUAUAGCAUAGAUUAUAUAUUUUUGGGAAACUUAUCAAUGAUCUGUGCAUGAUUCGUCGAUUUAUUUGAAUAAUUCCAUAGAACGUUUCGAAGUUUAUGGAAAGGAUUUCGCAUACCUCGUACAUCUAAAAUGGUUGUGAAUUCUUUAUUAUGCCUAACUUGAGGUAGGUGUCAACGUAACAGAAAGAAGAAUUAGAUUCUCUCUCUCUCUCUCUUUCUUUUUGACUAGUACCAAAGAGUUACGGCACUCAUUCCCCUCUCGAAGCUUGCUACUAAUCGAUUUCUAUUCAUUGCAUAUUAUAAACGUGGAAAAGGAUUUGAUAAACGAUAGAAAAACAUAAUUGUUUUAUUUUAUGAGCCUCCUUCGUCAAUUUUCUUUUUUUUUCCUUUUCCACGAUUAAUUUAAUAUACCUAACAAAUAUCAUCGAAGAUAAAGCAUUUUAACGACGAAGUAUCGAGAUUUAAAAAAUUCUUUUGAAAAGGUCCGUUCUUAAAUCAUAUCAAUGUGUUGCCGUAAGAAUGUUUGUAUUUUAGUGCCAAUUGUUCGAUUCAUCAGAUCGAUAAGUCCAUACGUACGUACCUUGUUAGGCCGUAGUUGUUUAUGAUUAAAAAACGGCGAGUGAUAAAAAAAAGAAAGAUCAAUCCGAUGAAAAAACAACGAUACAUAACGUUUUCUCGAGUUUAAUAUUAGGAAAAUAUUGCAUAAGUUAUUUUGAGACAAUGGUAAUAGAGUUAUUCAAUUAUUUCUGCAAGGUUUAGAAUCCAUAGGGCAAGAUUUACAUAAAUGCUAUAGUAAGUUGGAGAACGGCGGUGCAUGCGAAAUUCAUUUCUACAAAUAGUUAUGUAACUAAUGUAAAGCUUUUACUUUCUCUUUCCUCUUUAUCAUACACUCAAUGAUAUCUAUCUAUCUAUCUAUUUCUAUCCUUAUAUUUUCUUCUUAUUUAAUAGAUAAUAAUAAUGCGCCUUUGCACUUAUUAUAAACUUUUAACUCCGAUAUCGAUCCUUUCUAACUCCUUCCGUCGCUUUACCUCUCCUACGAUUAUUUCCUCCAUCGUCUCUCUCUUUCUCUUUCUCCCUCUCUCCCUCUCUCUCUCUCUCUCUCUGUAAAUAAUUUUAAUGAAAAUUACCACGAAUACUCUUGAAAUAAACGCUUCCCUUUUCGCUAUUCGACUAUUUUCAACGAUCUACUGAAAGAGAUUCUUUCGCAGCUUCGUUAUCUACGAAUGAUUAAAUCUGGAUAUAUAUUGUAAAUAGCAUAUUGUAUAAAUAAUAAAAUAUAUGCCCUGCGACACUAAAGGACUAUUGUAAAUAAGAACAAGAAUUGUAUGAUUCCGUUUAAUAAAAAUACAUAGGGAAAAA